CUGUCAAAUAAUAACAUUUUGCUAACCUUCAAAUCGAACUGUUUCAACAAAAGUUUUGAUCUGCGUUUAUUUGUAAUCGAAAUUCGUAAACAUUUUGAUUGGCACAAUGUUUCGGGCCAUUUGCAAGAGAAUACUCGCAAAAAAUAAUGCAAUAACUUCACUGCGAAAUGGAUAUGGCACAGAACACAUGCCUACUAGCAUGCCCACAAUUAAAAGCGAAAUGAACAUUGUUAGAAUGAGUGGAUCGAUUGAGGAUACGAUUGUUCGACUGCCAAACGGUGCUAUAAAUCUCUACCUAAAAACAUUAAACGAAAACGCUAGCUAUUCUAUUCACAAGGUGGUGAUAGCGAACCCUAAUUUAUUGAAAAUUGUCAAAAAUAUAUUGAAAGCAGAUCAGCGGAUUCAUAUUGGAGGCCGAUUAAGAUCAAUCACUGAACGUAUUGAUUCAAGAUCUAAAAGGUCUUGUGAGAUUAUGGCAAACGAAAUAUUCAUGUUGGAACCAAUGCCAAAGCUCACCGAACAAACGAUAAAUAAUCUCACAGGAAUAAAUCGAAUUGAUCAAAACAGCGUUGAAAUGAUGGCUUUCAUUGGUUCUGAACCAAACAUCUGGGAGAAUUCAUGUAGAUUUGAUUUGAGAACACAUUUCAUACAAAGAAAGGGAACACCAGAUGAGGUGGUAUCAAACGAAUACCACUCAGUAUAUAUGGACAAUAAAGAUCCAAACUUACUUAAAUUGGGAAAGCAACUAGGUAAAAGUGACCGUGUUUAUCUAAACGGAUACAUUGAUUAUAUAGAUAGGAAAUUUCCUGAUGAAAACGACCAUACCAUUGGUUUUAUACGGCCCACAAAUUUAGUUCGAUUCAAAAAAAUAAAAAAUGUAUAUCAAGCAGAACAUGUGGUACAAUGAAGUUUUGUAUUUAUUGUUAUUUGAUUUGAAUAAAAAUAAAUCGGUUGAAAUGA